CUCUCCAGUGGCCUCGGCUCCUCCGCUGGCUCCGUCCCUCUGGCCGCACCGCUGGCACCGCGGCCGGCGGCUGCCCCUCCCCAGGACCAUGGCCGCUGUGCACACGCUGUGGGUGGCGCUGCUCCUGCUGGGGGCCCUGCAGACGCGGGCCGGGGCCCAGGCCUCCCUGCAGCCCGACUUCCAACAGGACAAGUUUCUGGGGCGCUGGUUCACCUCGGGCCUCGCCUCCAACUCGAGCUGGUUCCGGGAGAAGAAGAACGCGCUGUCCAUGUGCAUAUCAGUGGUGGCCCCCGCCGCGGAGGGAGGCCUCAACCUCACCACCACCUUCCUCAGGAAAGACCAGUGUGAGACCCGCACCCUGCUGCUGCGGCCGGCGGAAACCCCAGGCUGCUACAGCUACACGAGUCCCCACUGGGGCAGCACCCACGACGUGUGGGUGGUGGCGACCGACUAUGAGGAGUAUGCACUUCUCUACACCGCGGGCACCAAAGGCCCUGGCCAGGACUUCCAUAUGGCCACUCUCUACAGCCGCACCCAGACCCCAAGGGCCGAGGUAAAGGAGAAAUUCACCACCUUUGCCAAGACCCAGGGCUUCACAGAGGAUACCAUUGUCUUCCUGCCGAAGGCCGAUAAGUGCGUGGAGGAGCACAACUAGGUGACCCCAGCGCCCAGGACCUGGCCCUCUUGCUCUGCUCUGCUCUUCCUCCUGGAUCCCCACGACCCCAGCCCUGCCUCCACCCUGCCCCCACCCCUGCCCCCUCUGGCUCUAUCCUGGCUCAGAAUAAACUCCAGAAGCAAGUCAGCAAUC